UUAAACUCGUAGGCGAUUUCUAGGCGAAGAGGGUGCUUGGUGUGGCUGAAUUUAGCCUGCCAGGCUGUCACUACUAUUGCGGGGCUUAGUGGGAAACUUUAACCUCCAACCACUCCAUCCCAAACUCCAAAGAAUUUAUCAAUGGAAGUUAUGCCCCCUUUUUAAUAUCGUCUCCUUUGUGCCAAGCCUUGUCUGACAAAUUGAUAGCUGGAACUAACCCGCGCAAUAUGACGGUGCAAUGAUCGGAAACUAAUUCUAUAGCUUCAAGCUUCAAGCUUCGAAUUCAGUCAUGUGACAACCAACAAUCAACAAUCCACAGUUCUCCACCUACGUUACGUUACGUUACCUAUAGCUAUGAUAUCGUGUCUGCAUCAACCUGGUGUCCCUCUUUCUACCAGAUUAAUGUGCUGCAUCCACGGCCUAACCACGAAGUUUUACAAAUAAGCUCAAAAUCAUUCCAGAAUAAGGAAUAAAUUAAAAUAAGCUCAACGACAUGCCCGCCUUCCACGACCGGUUCCUUCUCAACACCGUCGCGCCACCAAUCGCGGUGCGCGAAGAAUACAUCGCCCCCAGCAAGACGACAAUCACAGUCAAGCAAAACGACAAGGCCUGGCUCGGACGAGAUUUCACCAUCCGCAACCCUUCCUCGGGUGAUUAUGAUUAUGACAAUAAUGAUGACGACGACAACGGGCCUGUUUUGUUCACCGUCGAGUGCAAAGCCAUGAGUAAUAGCCAACGUCGCGAAUUCAGGGAUGCCUCGGGCCUUCCGCUCUUUGAACUCCGUCGCAAAUGGCUUGCUCUCAGCGACGCUUGGACUCUUCGGUUGCCUGGCAGCAGAGACAGCAUCAUCAGCAAUAGCAGCUGCAGUAACAGCAGCGGCAAUGGCAGUAACAGCAAUGGAUCAAGGGAUGCAAAUGAUGCAAAUAUUCUAACCGGCUCGUUGAAAUGGUCGUUAGGGCGGCCAAAGUUUGACGUGAAAUUGCGCAAUGCGGCUGUGCCUGACGCAGCAAAGGAGAGUGACAAAUACGUCACGCUGGAGGUCCGGGGCCAGGAUAGCAAUCGGAUUACAACCCAUGUCUCGCUGCCUGAAGGAGUGGGAGGGCAAGGGGAAGGAAAAAAGGUCAUGCAAAUCCGCAGGAGUCCAGACGAGAUGAAGAGCAAUUUUCGGACAGGGAGACAUGGGUAUCUCUGGGAAGUCGGCGUAGCAGAAGGAGUGGACCUGGCAUUGGUGAGUUUUAGAUUCCCAGGCAAAAAGACCCUCUCUCCCUCUCCCUCGCGCACUCUCACAGCCAUUAAAGUUUGUUGUCACAAUACAUACUGGCAGUAUCACUGAAACUACUCGUCAUCGUGUCUAGGCCGCAGUCAUUGUAGUCAUGUUGGCUGAGCUUGUCCCAAGGAGCGUUGCUACAG